GUGUCCCGAGCAAAGCCUUCCGGCGGGGAGAGGCGUCGCUGCGCAUGCGGGCCGGUCCGGUUCGGAGAGUGCGGCGGGAUGGCACUGCCGGGUGGAAAUAAGGAUAAUAUCAGAGCUGGAUGCAAAAAGUGUGGCUACCCUGGUCAUCUGACAUUUGAAUGUCGAAACUUCCUCCGAGUAGAUCCUCAGAGAGAUAUUGUUUUAGAUGUUAGCAGCACUAGCAGUGAAGACAGCGAGGAAGAGGAACUACAGAGAUUACAAGCCAUGCGUGAAAAAAAGAAUUUAAAUGAAGAGGAAGAAAAAAAGAAACAAAAAAGAAAAAGCAAAGAGAAAACAAAAUUAAAAAGACCAAGGAAAAGAUCUUCCUCAUCAAGUUCAGCAGAAGAGGAUGAGCCAAAGUCAAAAAAACAAAAAUCACACAAAAAAGAAAAAGGGAAAAAGCAUAAAUCUAAGAAAGGAAAACAUCAUAAAAAGGAGAAAAAGAAGAGACGAAAGGAAAAAAGUUCAUCUUCUAACAGUUCAGACAGUUCAAGUAGUGACUGAUGUGCUGGUCUGUUUUUGCUUUCGCUUCUGCAGAGAAGAUGAUUUUCCUUUCAGAGCAAGUUAAUUUAUGCUUUGCAAUGCUGUUGUAAAAUGGGAUAUAUAUAUAUAUUUUUGACAAAUCUAUUUGCAUACAUCAGUGCUUCAAAUUAUUAGAUGGACCAUUUAUGAAAAGAAUCUUCUUUUCUAUUUCAGAUUUAUUAGUACUAAUGCAAGUGGUUCUUGACUCUUAUUUUUAGUUCAGUUGUGAUUGUGUUUGUAACCUUUACAGUAAGAUGUGGUAAAUUUCAGUUUGCAAGCCUUUGUGUAGAACGAUAAGGACUUAAAUAUGCUUAAUGUCAGAAUGGUUACUUCAGAUUUGGAAAUUCAAGUGAGAUUUUCUGUUACCCUUUAAAUAAAUGUAUGUUUUACAUAAUGUUUUCUGCUUAAAUACAUUAAUCAGUAAGUGCAAAUAUGAAUCAGUGUUCAGGUCCUGAGAGGGGAAGAAUGAGCAAUGGGAAGCUAAAAAAGAUUGAUCCUUCAAAAUUAUGUUCUAAAAUCGAUCUGGUCGUAGACUGUGAAGCAUAACUACAUAUUCCUUUGGCAGGAUCACUAUAAGCAAGCUGAAAAUAAACAGAAGCAAACAAAAGCUACCGAUUUUUAAAGUU